CGACAUUCAGAGUGAAUACUUCCUGCCUGCCAGCUAAAAAUGGCGUCCUGUUUUGAGGUUGGUGUUUUGACGAAUGAUAUCCUUCAAUAAUGAAAAGGUAUCUGCGUCGGUCAGUGAUGAACAGACCGAAAGUGCUGCAUCUCAGAAAAGAGAGGAGAGACUGCGAAAAUUCCGGGAACUGCAUUUCAAAAGGAAUGAAGCACGUAAUCUCAAUCACAAGGAGGUUGUGGAGGAGGACAAAAGACUGAAGCUACCAACUAACUGGGAAGCAAAGAAAGCCCGUCUGGAGUGGGAACUAAUGACUGAUGAAAAGAAAAAGGAGUGUGCGGCCAAAGGGGAGGACUAUGACCGGGUGAAACUGCUAGAGAUCAGUGCUGAGGAUGCUGAGCGGUGGGAGAGAAAGAAGAAGAAGAAGAACCCUGACCCAGGAUUCUCAGGUUACGCGGAGGCCCAGCUGCGACAGUACCAGCGCCUCACCAAACAGAUCAAACCAGACAUGGACGGCUAUGAGAGGCAGCGAGAGCAGUGUGGUGAGGACUUCCACCCCACAUCCAACAGCCUGAUCCAUGGGACCCACGUCCCAUCCAAGGAGGGCAUUGACCGCAUGGUGGAGGAUGUGGAGAAACAGAUUGAGAAGCGGGCCAAAUACAGCCGGCGCAGGGCCUAUAACGAUGACGCAGACAUCGACUACAUCAAUGAGAGGAACGCCAAGUUCAACAAGAAGGCAGAGCGGUUCUAUGGCAAAUACACAGCCGAGAUCAAGCAGAAUCUGGAGAGAGGCACAGCUGUCUAACUGGACUGGUCAAUCAAAUGGACGCUACCAUUUCCACUGCUUUGUUGUAACUGAAGGCCAUAAUUAGUCACUGUGGUUACAGGACCGGCCAUGUACAUAGAAACCCCAUUUCAGUUGAUCACAAUGCUUACGUAUCUGAGAUCUAAAUUUGUUGUAUUGUAUUUUGACGCUGACAUUUCUUUAGAGGCAUUUUCUAACUAAUUUUACUGUAUUGUUACUAUAACACUGUGAAUCAGGUGGAAUGGCUAACUUGAGUACAUCCUGAAUAAUCUUGUAAUGCUAUUUCUGCCUUUCUGACUAUGUUUAUCGUGUGUGUAUGAACAUGCAUUUUUUUUAAAUUUUUACUAACGUUUUUGUAAUAUAGCUUACCCUCAGAUUGCUGCAUGCAGUAUGGUUUGGGUAGGUAGGUGGGUGGGGGGUGGCUUAACGUGAGAAUGAAAUGCUAUCAUUCACCUUAAGGCUACACUGUGUUUAUUAGUUAUGCCAGCGGAAGAAUGUGCUAGUGUAGGUGCACGAGGGGAUAAACAAAUUAAACAAUUUCAUCGUUAUCACUCAUCUCUGUUAAGCCGACUGCCCCCAAGCAGAAUAUGAGCUAGGAGAGGCUUGUGACCUAAAUUGAGAUCAAAGACAGUCAACAGAUUCACAUGCUAUAUUCAGUUUCUCAUUCUGUAUCAAUGCACACUAUGGGUUAUUCAAAAAUACGAUGUGGGGGUCCUAUAAACACGAAUAGAAUUUGAUCCUCAUCCUUCGUAAUUUGAAUCAGACAUCUGUGUAAUGUUUCGUUGGACUUAAUGAAUCUGUUCUGAAUAAGCCUCAUGGGAUAUGGUAAUAAGAUGGGGAAGAGGGGUUUCAAAGGUUGGCGUGCAAGAAAAAAAAUCCUAUAGGAUUUUGUGCCACCUGUAUCAGAAUCCUAUUGGAAUUCUAUUUGACUAAUUAUUUCCUAUUGGGAAUCAAAAGUAAUUCGAUUGAAUCCUAUAGAUUUUUGAUUAGUCUCCUGGGAUUUUGUCACCCCAAUCAGAAUGCUAUUAUAGCUUUUUUUCUCUCAAAUGAACCCAUUAAAUUAUAAUUUGUCGUUGGUUCCAGUACAAUACAAAAGCAUUAAUUACUACAUUUCCAUUGAUCAGUUCUAUGUCGUUUUUGAGUGAUUGAUGGCGUCAUAACUAACGUGAGCUUGCAGUGUUAAUUAUCCUAACACCCAAGUUUAGCUCGCCAACUGUGGCUGUGCAGAGAAUCUCCGGUUUUCUAACAUUAUUAUUCUAACUAUUUUAUCCUUCACUGUGAGUACAGUAUUUGUUUCCUGACGAAGUUUGAAAUGUUUUAGUCACAUUUUUCUAACUGCAGCAUUUUAUCCACUCGUUUUUAUGCUAGCUAAGAAACUAUAGUAACAGUUACUGUUAGCCACAUUUUGCCUGUCAGCUGACUUGCUCGUAAGCUUUUGUAACUUUGUAUGUGGUUUUUGAGUCACUGUAUUGUUAUAGCAGAUACGUUUUUUCUAGUUAUUUCUAAAUGUUUGUGGCCUUUUAUAGGCAAGACUGCGCCAUUUUCACGGUUUCUGGUAGAUCCCAUGUAGAAAAAUCCUAUCAAAUUUUGGAACCAGUCAUAUUGGACUCCCAUUGGAUAAAAUCCUACAGGAUAUAAGGUCUAAAGGAUAGGUUCCAAAAUAUGAUUUUCUAUUGGAUUUUUAUAUUUAUUGGAAUCCUUUUGGGUUAUUUGACUAGGGCAAUCACUUCUUUGGCAUUUGAUUAAACUUUGCACAGUAUUUGGGACCUGG